AUGUAUGAACUAUCACACACCAUCAUUGAGGAAAGAGAAGAGAGCAUGAUUUCAAUAAGAAGUAAUAGUAAACCAACUUUCAGGACAGCCCACUUUCUUAAACCCUCUUUAACCCAUACUCAAGACCCAGACCUUUCACUUCCUCCACUACCCACUCCCACUCCAACCAAACCCACCAUUCGUGAUGUCAAGAACUUGCCUUUGAAUGUCCUAUACAGAGGUCGGAGAAACCCACAAAGGAACUGGAAAGAAUGGGUGUAUAGCUUGCAAUCCAAGCAUCAAUCUACAUGGAAGAAAGCUGGUAUAUAUGAUGCUAUAUGGAGUUCCACAUACCAAGUCCUAAGGCACAAUGAGUUAGUUCUUGGAAUUGCUGAUAGGUGGUGUCCUGAGACUAAUAGCUUUAUCUUUCCUUGGGCUGAAGCAACAAUCACCCUAGAGGAUAUGAUGGUUUUGGGGGGUUUUUCUGUAUUGGGGAGCUCUGUUAAAAAGCCAAUUAAAACCAAGGAUAUGUUGGAAAUCGAAGAUAGUCUGAUUAGAAUUCAUAGACGACUUUCACCAGCAAGGCAUUACGUAUGGAUGGACUUUUUCAUGGGGUCUGGCCAUAAACUUGAGCAUGAAGCAUUUCUCUCGCUUUGGCUAUCAAGGUAUGUUUUCCCUACAUCUUUGUAUGAUAACGUUGGAAAACACCUUUUUCCGAUUGCAAUAUGCUUAUCACGGGGGACUAGGAUGGCCUUAGCGCCUGCAGUCCUUGCUACCAUUUACCGGGAUUUACGUUUGUUGAAAGAAAAAAUUGAUGCAACAAGAGUAAGGACAAUUAAGUAUAAAGGUGACCGUUUCGAACUUGAUCUCUGGGCACCAUUUCAGUUAGUGCAGCUUUGGAUUUGGGAGAGAUUCCCAAGAUUGCGUCCAAUACAAAAUAUAAUCAAACGCGGUGAGCCAAGAGUGGCUAAGUGGCACAAAGUGAAGAGGGAGAAAAUUGAGAAGGCGAGAUUAGUCAUGGACUCUGCUAGAGAUAAUUUUCAAUGGCGGCCUUAUGCUGAAGUCUUGACGAAUUGGUUGUCUCCAAAGUUUUAUAGAAAUAAAGAAGAGUGGGUAUCAGUUGGUCCUCAUAUGGAUAAAGAAAUAGAGUCAUUUGCUCUAUGCAUGAGGGCAUGUGAGCUGGUUGGACUAGAGUGCAUAGAGCAAUACCUUCCACAUCGAGUGGCCAUGCAAUUUGGAAUGGAUCAAGACAUUCCAAUUUGUGUUCCUCGAUUCAAUUUGAGUCACCAAACUGCUUGGAGAAACUACUGCAGGCCAAUUUCGGAUCAAAAGUUACACAUACCACAUAGACUCUUCGAGUCAGAUGUUACCACACGAUACAUGAAUUGGUGGAAGAAAUCAAUGUUGCCUCAAACUUAUGCAGUUAAGGGUUCUACGAAGCAGCCAAGACUUCAAACAACAAUGCCAGAGAGCUCAAAACGACACAAGGACGCUGGUGACGUUAAGGAAAGAAACUUUAAACACACGGAAAUGUUUGACAAGAAUAGAAGUGCAAGGUUCAGAAGGGUCAGUGAUGGAAAGCCUUCUUCAGGAACUGAAACAACAUUGCCAGAGAGCUCAAAACGACACAAGGAAGCUGGUGAUGUUGUUAAGGAAAGAAACUUUAAACACCCGGAAAUGUUUGACAAGAAUAGAAGUGCAAGGUUCAGAAGGGUCAGUGAUGGAAAGCCUUCUUCAGGAACUGAAACAACAUUGCCAGAGAACUCAAAAAGACACAAGGAAGCUGGUGAUGUUGUUAAGGAAAGAAACUUUAAACACAUGGAAAUGUUUGAGAAGAAAAGUACAAGGUUCAUAAGGGUCAGUGAUGCAAAGCCUUCUUCAGGCACUCAAUCUCAGUAUCUAGCAUCUUUAAAUGCUAGAGGUCGAAUAGUGAGAGAGGAGAAGCUACCGGUUUUAAGCAAGGUGGUGGGAGGAUCACAAAGAGCCACUGAAGUUGCAAAUGAUAGAGGAACAAAGUUUUCAGUCAAGAGUGUUGUGACUAUUAAGGUUCAUGAUGAAGAACCAAGAAGCCAAUCUAUGACUUCUAUGUCAAAACAAGAUCUUGAAGUUAGGAUUAGCAAACUGGAGAAAGAGCUCGCAGAGCUGAAAGAAGAAUAUAACAACAGGCUUGGAAAACAACUCAAGGAGCAAUGUUCAUCUGUCCCAUAG